AUGGAAAAGUCACAAAAAAUUUUAAUCAUCGGUGCUGGUGCUAGCGGAAUUUCUGCUGCUCAGAAACUUCUUGAAAAUAAUUAUCAACAUGUUUUUAUCCUUGAGGCGAGUAAUAGAAUCGGCGGUAGAAUUCAUAGCAUUCCAUUUGGAUCGACAGGCUUCAAAAUUGACUUGGGUGGACAGUGGGUGUCCGGUGAAAAUGAUAUUUACUACAUGAUGAAAGAUUCUUUCAAGUUUGGCGAUUCCAACUUGACAACGGAUAGAAAAUAUUUUUUGUCAUCUGAUAAUAAUGAACUUGAUCAAAAAAAAUGUAGAAAGCUUUAUGAUUUAUUGGAUGAAAUCUUUGAAUUAGAAGAUGAAUUAUCAAAGUCAGAAGAAACCUUCGGACAAUUUUUCUCAAGGAAAUAUUAUGAAAGGAUUAAAUCAUCAUCUUUCAAAGGCAUUGACAAAGAAUUAGCUGAUAAAAUGUUGCAUCAAAUAAAUACUAUUUGGAACGCCUAUUUUGGAAGCACUAACUUAGAUCAAGUUCCUGCUAAAUAUGUUUCCACUUUAGAACUUUCUGAAGGAAGUGAGUUCAUAACAUGGAGAGAUAAAGGCUUCAUAACUUUUCUAGAUUUCUUAAACAAUAAAUUGAAAAAGGAAAAAUACAUUGACAUCUACGACAAAGUUUUAUUUAAUAAAAAAGUUAAAAAUAUUGAUUGGAGUUCUAAUCAAGCCACAAUAAAAUGUGAAGAUGGAAGUGAAUUUUUAGUUGAUCACGUGAUAGUUACAAUAUCUCUUGGAUGCCUCAAGAAACAUCAUCAAACAAUGUUUACACCAUCUCUUCCUAAAACAAAGAUUCAUGCCAUAGAAGAUAUUCAAUACGGAGUUGCCGGGAAAGUUUUCCUAGAGUUUGAAGAAAAUUUUAUUAAAAAGCAUUUCCCUUCUCGCAUAAACCAAUUUGCUAUGCUAUGGUCUGAAGCUGAAAGGAAUGAACUGCGCGGAACAGAUAAGAAGUGGCUUCUUGGGAUUUACUCGUUUAUGCAUGUUGACGGAAGUGAUAAAAUUAUCGAAGGUUUUAUUUCUGGAGCAGAUAUAUUGGAAUUUGAAUCAAAAUGCGAUGAAGACAUAAUUGCUGAUAUUAUGUGGAUGCUUGAAAAUUUCAUGAAGAAGUCUUUAGAGCGACCUAAGAAUAUAAAAAGAUCAUUUUGGUCAACAGACAAUAACUUUUAUGGUGUUUAUUCGUUUGGCUCCCAAGGAAAUUCUGUUUAUGAUUUAGCACAACCUCUUCUAAAAGAAAAUAAAUCUCCAAUUCUACUUUUUGGUGGAGAAGCUGCUGAUGAACAUGAUAGUGGAUUUGUGCAUGGUGCAAUGAACUCUGGUUUCAGAGUAGCUCAAGAAAUUAUCGACUAUUACCAUAAAUAA